GAGGAGGAGACUAGGAGUGUGGCCAAGUCUCCACUCAUCCCAACCCUCAGAGAUAAGAAGGUUAAAGAGGAUGUGCCAUUGGGGAAAGCCAAUCUGUUGACUUCAACAGCUGCUGAUGAGGUUUCUCCAGCCCCUGCAUCUGAAAGUUGCUCCACAGAUGAUUGUAGCAAGCAAGACAACAUACGUGACACAAACACCGAAGAUAUCCUAACUCAACUGGCUAGGAUGAGAGCAUACCUACUGAAUGAACAGAAACGUCUCCAGGCCUUGCUGGAAACUGAAGAUAUGUGA